AUGACCCCGCUAGAAGAAGUGUGUGAACAGCAUUUCAGGAGAACGGUAUCUAGAACGAGUUGUGGACGCUACAUGGUUCGUCUCCCAGUACGAGAAGAAAUGCUUCCGAUGGUAGGAGACUCGUUUUCCGUGGCGCAGCGCAGAUUUUUCGCGAUUGAGCGAAAGUUCGCAGCAAACCGUGAGUUCAAAGACGAAUACGUGAAAUUCAUGGAGGAGUACAAGGAACUUGGUCAUAUGGAGUUAAGUCCUCGCGAUGGAAAUCCCCAGUUCAUCCUGCCGCACCACGCCAUCUUUCGGCCAGAUAGCACCACUACAAAAACCCGCGUCGUUUUCGACGCUACUUGUAAAGGAAGUUCUCAGUUGUCAUUGAAUGACGUUCUACUUGUCGGGCCCAUCGUUCAACCACCUCUUCUUGCUAUCGUCCUCAAUUGGCGGAUUCCUCGUUAUGUCUUCAAGGCGGAUGUAGAGAAGAUGUUUCGUCAAGUAUGGGUUCAUCCUCUGGACCGAAAAUUGCUUCAGGUUCUUUGGCGGUCUAGCCCAUUCGAACAACUUCAACGGUAUCAGCUAACUACAAUUACGUACGGGACUUCAUGCGCACCAUACCUCGCUACCCGUGUGCUCAAUCAACUGGCAGAAGACGAAGGGCACAAAUACCCACUGGGUGCGAAGAUUAUUCUGAAAGGGUUUUACAUGGACGAUGCUCUUGCUGGAGAAGACGAUUUGGAAACGGCGAUCGAAGCUAGCAAACAAAUAGCAGAACUUCUAAGGUUAGCUGGUUUUCAAUUGCGAAAAUGGAGUUCUAACGAUCCAAGGAUCCUGGCACACCUGCCAAAUGAAAUAAAGGAAUUCUCGCCGGAAACAGAAAUCGAUGGCGCUGGAACCGUGAAAACAUUGGGUCUGCUAUGGUCACAUGGUACCGAUGAAUUUGGAUUCAAGAUCCCAUUACUUCCUUUACUGCAUAAGGUCACCAAGCGGGUGGUUGCUUCCGAGAUGGCGCAGUUAUUCGAUCCACUCGGACUUGUGGGAUCGGUGGUAAUGAGUGCUAAAGUAUUUAUCCAAAGGUUGUGGGCAAUCCAUAUUCCAUGGGACGAAGACCUUCCUGAGGAGCUACGAGACUGGUGGCUUCAUUUUCGGAACGAAAUUCCAGUGUUGGCAAAGUUGAAAGUACCACGACGCGUCCUCGCAAGUGGUUAUGAUAGUUACAAACUGCAUUGUUUCUGCGAUGCCUCUGAUCACGGUUACGGUGCUUGUGUCUAUGUGGUUUCGUCGGACGAGUCAAAAAUGUACAACAGCCAAUUACUCGUCGCCAAAUCUAGGGUCGCCCCCCUACGCGGGCUUACUAUCCCCAAACUAGAACUCUGCGCUGCUUUAUUGGGUUGUCAGCAUAGUCCUUCAUUGGAUCCAAUCGCCCCUACCGUGUGGAAGGUUUUUGUCUCGAAUAGAAUAGCGGAAAUCAACAAAAUGACGCACAAUGACAACUGGCGUCACGUUCCGUCAAAGUUAAAUCCAGCAGACCGCAUUUCUCGUGGUGUAUUACCAACACAGAUACUGGAAGAUUCCUUGUGGUGGCAUGGACCAGAUUACCUCGUACAGGACGUGGAAUACUGGCCUGAAGACAUAGUUACUCUUACACGCGCGGAGCAGGAAUCCCGUGACAUAGAAGCUCGCCAAACGAUUAGCUUCACCGUAAUGCAAACAGAUCAUUCAAUCAUCCAUCGUUACUCGGACCUCGGCAAGUUACUGCGGGUAGUCAGUUACUGUUUUCGUUUCUGCAACAACACUCGAAGCGCAAAAGGGUGUCGUAAUAUUGGUCUCCUGCAACCAUCCGAAGUAGACUACUCGCUGAAAUCGCUCAUUCGUUUUGUCCAAGGCAUGGAAUUCUCAGACGAAGUUAGUUAUCUUUCCGAAACCCCUCAGCGGCAGUUAACUAGUAAGGACAGGAAGUUACAGUCUUCGUUCAAAGUACUUAAUCCUUUUUGGAUGAUUUUUGGCCUGCUACGGCUCGGUGGACGAUUGGUUAAGAUGUCAGCUGCUCUGGAUACCCGAGCCCCCAUCCUGCUUCCGGCAAAUAAUCACCUAUCGUGGCUCAUUGCUCGCUCGCUUCAUGUAAGAACACUGCACGGAGGACCAAAUCUUCUGCUGGCAACCAUAAGACAAAGAUUUUGGCCAUUGCGCGGACGCCAAUUGGCUCGAAAGGUUGUUCGCCAAUGCGUAACUUGCUUUCGUUGUGCCCCGAAACCAACUGAGCAGUUUAUGGCACCUCUUCCGUCGGUGCGAACUACGCCAGCACGAGUGUUUCUGAAUAGUGGCAUAGACUAUUGUGGACCUUUUGGUGUUCGUCCGUUAGUUGGGAGAGGAGCAAACGUGAAAAUGUACGUCGCCGUGUUUGUAUGUAUGGUGGUGAAGGCGGUACAUCUCGAAAUAGUGACCGAUCUUACGUCCGUCGCGUGUAUCAAUGCGGUGAAACGGUUCAUUGCUCGUCGCGGUCGCGUAGUGAAUUUGUAUUGCGAUAAUUCAACAGCCUUCGUCGGCGCGGAUCGAGAAUUGAAGCUGAUGCGUCGGCAAUACAUUCAGCAAUUCUCUACGGAAGGGUGGAACGGCUACUGUCUGGAAAGUGGGAUAUCAUUCCAUUUCAUUCCCCCUCGAUCGCCACAUCAUGGUGGUCUAUGGGAAGCUGGAGUGAAGUCUUUUAAGCAUCACCUCCGUAGAACCCUAGGUAGCCGAUCCUUUACGCUGGAGGAGUUAACUACAACGGUGGCUCAAAUUGAAAGCAUGCUGAAUUCUCGCCCCAUCUCGCCACUUUCAAGCCAUCCACAAGAUCUGGCUAGCCUAACUCCCGGUCACUUUCUGAUCGGGGAACCUCUAUACUCAAUACCCGAGCCCAACUAUGCCGAGCAUCCCGUUGGUCGACUUACCCGUUAUCAAGAAAUGAAGCGCAGUAUUCAGGACUUCUGGAAACGUUGGUCACGGGAGUACGUCAGCGAGCUUCACCAACGCUCCAAAUGGCAGCGUAUUUGCAACGAAGUCAAGGUGGGAUCCAUGGUCCUACUCAAACAAGACGGUCUUCCACCAUUAGAGUGGAACUUGGGUCGGGUUGUAGCGGUGUGGCCAGGAGCUGACGGACAUGUUAGAGUCGUUGACGUUCGUACGGCAAAAGGCACGUACAAGCGUGCGGUGACAGAAGUAUACCUGCUACCAAUCGAAGACCCUGCCCAGGGGCUCCCAAGGUUGAACCAAGGAGAAGAACCCUCGGGCUCGUAG